AGCGCGCGUCCUGGCUGUUCUCGGGGCUGAGAGGAGCUGCGGGGAGCGGGCGCAGGCACCGGGGACACCACGAGCCGAGGCGGCGCUGGGACAGCCCUGAAAAAAGUAGGACAACGUCCGCCGUGACAGAAAGUGACCGUGAAUGCUGACCUACUAACUUUUACCUGUCACCAUACUAACGCCGGGCGGCCAGAGCCGCAGCGAGUGUGUACGUGGUCGCUGAGGUGCUAUUGAGAUUUGUGUAAACCAGAUCAUUCAAGAAGUACAAUCCAGUGUGUGGACUGCCUAGAAGAGUGUGCUCCUGACUCUGAAGAGGUUCAGCCUGGUCUACAACAUCAGCUGAAGAACCUUCAAUAAAAAGCAUCAAGAGGAGGACAAUGUGGCCAUUGGGAUAGGCCUACGUGCUGACCUUACCGCUCUGCUCAAGGUACAAGUGGUCACAUCAAACUGCAUGUGUGAACUGGAAUGUGGCCAUGGACGGAAAUCACUGCCUAGAAGAUCAGAACAGUCCCCUCUGCAAAGUCCAAGGACAAGACUAUCAGCACGAUGGCCAAAGACAUACAACCUCCUAUCCCUACCGAUGCAACCUGGCAGACUUUAAGAUAGAGAAGAAGAUUGGACGGGGGCAAUUCAGUGAAGUGUAUAGAGCCAACUGCCAUCUGGACCGGAAGCCCGUGGCUCUGAAAAAACUCCAGAUAUUUGAAAUGAUGGAUGCCAAAGCCAGGCAAGACUGCAUUAAGGAAAUCGACCUGCUAAAGCAAUUGAACCACCCGAACAUAAUCAAGUACCUGGACUCAUUUAUUGAAGACAAUGAGUUGAACAUCGUUUUGGAGUUGGCAGAUGCUGGAGAUCUUUCUCAAAUGAUUAAAUAUUUUAAGAAACAGAAGAGAUUAAUACCGGAGAGGACAGUAUGGAAGUACUUUGUGCAGCUGUGCAGCGCCGUGGAACAUAUGCAUUCCCGCCGGAUCAUGCACAGAGAUAUAAAGCCUGCUAAUGUUUUUAUCACAGCUGCUGGAGCUGUGAAAUUAGGAGACCUCGGGCUUGGUCGGUUCUUCAGCUCCAAAACCACAGCAGCACAUUCCUUGGUGGGAACACCUUAUUACAUGUCCCCAGAGAGGAUACAUGAAAAUGGCUACAAUUUCAAGUCCGAUAUUUGGUCCUUGGGGUGCCUCUUAUAUGAAAUGGCAGCACUUCAGAGUCCUUUCUAUGGCGACAAAAUGAACUUAUUCUCCCUGUGUCAGAAGAUAGAACAGUGUGAAUAUCCCCCCCUGCCCACAGAACACUACUCCGAAAAGUUACGAGAACUGGUCAGCAUGUGCAUUUACCCUGAUCCAGACCAAAGGCCGGACAUUGGAUACGUCCAUCAGAUAGCGAAACAGAUGCAUGUGUGGACUUCAAGCACAUGAAGCCAAGAGUCUGCCUUGUCAAGAAAGACCCCAAUACGCCUUACUUAUUAUAAAAAAAUAAAAAUAAAAAACACACAGGAAAAAAAACACUUCUUUUAAGAAGCAGAGGCCCCAGAAAAUCCAGCAAGAGCAGCCUCUUCAAUGAUGUGGCCCGUCUGUCUAUGAAGGAUUUUGUAGGCCAGGACUCAGGUGACAUUUCUGGGAGAAAACAAACUCGUAUAAAAGGAUUGUACAUGUAACAUUGCAGGCAUAGAACCUAAAGAGUUUUGUGUGAAUUUAGGUUAGGCUAAGGAUGAAUGAGGUGCGAGGAAGCACCCGAAUAUAAAUUACAAUGUGAACAGUAAAAUAAUUCCUCCAGUGAACUCGUUUUUUUAGGUUGUGUAGUUUGAUGAUUCCCCAACUCCUGGGCUACUGGAUUUCAGAUAAGUAGAUACAUAUAUGUUUUAUUGCAGAUUGUUAGUGAAUAACCUUUUAGAUGUAAAUUCAUUUUCUGGAUUCUUAAAUUAGCUUUUUAUAUAUAUUAUUUUUUGUUUUGUUUUUUGGAGGGGAGGGGGGGGGGGUGGAUAAGAUUAGUGCUUAUCUAAUAACUGUGUCGUUGAUUUUCCAUUGCAUACUGGCACACUGUGUCUAGAGGUCACGGUAGCUUUGGAUUUAACAUUUUUUUUUAAAUCCCAAAGUUUGUCAGACUUCACUAUAGAAGCCGUGUUAACCCAGCAGAAUGAGGUGAAACCAAGCCAAGAAGUGUCUGUUAACUGUGAAUGCAGCAUUUAGCAAUGUGAACUCUAACAGAAAAGCUCCUACCCAUUGAAGGAAUCCCUUAAACUCUUGAAUGGUAUAUCCAGAUGAGGACAACCAAGCUUGCGUUGAACUGCAACUCCCAGCAGGCUUUGACAGACUAUAGAGCAUCUCAAGUAAUACUGCCAUGCAGGCUUGUAAAGACGCGCGGUUACAGUAUCUGCUCCUAUGUUCAUAACAUAUGGCUUACUCAAGGUGUUAUUUUUGAGGCUGGAAAAAAGACUUUGCUAAUAAAGAAUUACUUCUUA